AUGGCCGCGGAAACUCUCUCGCUUGCAGGAAAGACUGCCUUGAUCACUGGAUCGGGCAGAGAAACUGGCAUCGGGGCUGCCAUCGCUAGAGCUUUUGCCCGAAACGGUGCAGCUGUUGCAAUUCACUAUGUCUCAGAGGGCUCGAAAGCGAGGGCUGAGAAAGUGGCAGCCGACAUUAGUCGGGAAUUCGGAACCACAACAACCGUCGUACAAGGAUCGCUGGAAAAAGCUAGCACUUCGACGAAGAUAGUCCAAGAGACUCUGGAAGGACUUAACGCUGACCAUAUUGACAUUCUCGUGAAUAAUGCUGGCUACGGAACCCCAACGAAUCUUACAGAGGCAACGCCAGCGAUACUGGAAACCGAAUUCGGGAUCAAUGUCUUUGCCACCAUUUACCUGACACAAGCUGUCAUUGGAAUAGGCAAAAUGCCCAGAGGAGGGCGUAUUAUCAACGUUGGCUCCAUCGUCUCAAAACUCGGUCCUGAACUCAGCGCAGUCUAUGCCGCGGCAAAAGCUGCGCAGGAUAGCCUUACGGCGUCCUGGGCUGGUCAGCUUGGCCGCAACCAUGGAAUCACCGUCAAUAGUCUUGCCCCGGGACCAAUGAUGACGGACUUGGCGAAAGGCGUCUUGACUACAUCCGACGGAUCCGCGUCUGAGUUACAGAUUGGGCUGAUGGCACAGACGCGAGCUGAGGCGCGACUUGGGACAGUCAAUGAUAUGGCCGAUGCUGCGUUACUGCUAGUCUCUGAGAAGAGCCGCUGGCUUACCGCACAAUGGAUUUCGGUCAGCGGUGGAGUCACCGGAACUAUGUGA